UCCACGUGUCUGCCUAGACUUUCCUUCCAUCCUUCCACAGUUUACACAUGGCUGUAAGUCUGUACACGUUGCUAGGCUUAGGCACUCUGCUGUCAACGUGCUCUUUGAUUUUGUUGUUUCGCCAUCCCUUUUCUUUCUGUUCUACGCCAAGUUGAGUUAAUCGCGUUACAAUCAUCAUCUCUGACGCGUGUCAAACUUUAUUCAUUCUCGUGCAUCACCUUAUUUUUGCUGCAUUUACAUUUAUAUCUGAAAAAUGAGUUUCUUCGCGAAAGUAUUCAACUCGAAAAAGAAAGUUCAAGCAGCCCCAACAAUUGCUGAGGCGAUACAAAAAUUACGCGAUAUAGAGAAAAUGCUCGAGAAGAAGAAUGAAUUCCUUGACUUAAAAAUUCAGCAGGAAAAAACAAUGGCUAAGAAGUAUUCCACAAAGAACAAGCGCGGAUGUUCUGUAAUUAUUUUUAUAGCUGCAAUGCAAGCUCUUAAAAGGAAAAAACGUCACGAAAAGCAACAGCAGCAAAUUGAUAACAUAUUAACUAGUAUAGAGAUGCAAAGAGAAGCCUUGGAAGACUCUACUACAAACACUGCUGUUCUUCACACAAUGAAGAGUGCUGCUGAUGCUCUCAAAAUUGGAUAUAAACAUAUUGAUAUCGAUAAGAUUCAUAAUAUCAUAGAGAAUAUUGCAGAACAACAAGACUUGGCAAGAGAACUAUCAGAUGCCAUCUCUAACCCUGUAACUUAUGGUCAAGAGUUAGACGACAAUGAAUUAUUAAAAGAAUUGGAAACAUUCGAACAAGAGGAACUUGACAGAGAAUUGCUUAGUAUACAAGCCACUGAUAAAUUACCUGUUGUUCCUACUUCAAAAUUGCCAUCUUUACCAAAUAGAAAAAUUAGUCGAGAUGACUUGCAAAAACUGGCAUCAUGGGCAUCAUAAGGCAAUAAGUUACACUUUAAUUUGUUUUUAAGUAUGACAAAGAUAAAAACAAACAGUUUAGUUGAGACCUAAGAAGAUUAUUAUUUAUAGAAUACUUUCAAGAUUAAUGUAAAAGUGGAGAUCACAAAGAAACAUUUGAACUUUAUUUAAUUAUCAACUUUUUUAUUGAUAUUUAGUAAGUUAAAGAAAACAUUGUGAUACGUUUAUUACUGAAGAAAGUGUCUUGUACCAUAAAGCUGUUGAGUAAUGAUGUUUAUUUAAAAAUUAAAAACUUAUACAGAAAGUUGAAAGUAUAAAUUUUUAAUUUUAAUUUUAAAUAUCUCAAUUAAUUUUAGGAAAAUUUUAUAUUUAAUUACGAUUUUAAUAGUUUACUUCGUUCUUAAAAAAUUUUGUUGUUUGAUAUAUCUUGAUACAUGUAACUCAUAAAGAUUAAAA